AUGAGCUCAGUCUCGUCCGGGAACUCGAGUUACGGCGACGCGCCUCCCGGUUACAAAGAGUCUCUCGGCGCCAACCCCUCUGGAACCUUCAUAUCACCCAGCGACAGCGGCACAAUCAGCCAACUCGACAUCCAGGCCAUCGGCUACGACACGAACCAGGCCCUCACGGGCAACACGCUGGAAAACAUCCCCGUCUACCGCGUCGGCUCCGGCGAGCUGGAGUACACGUCCAUCCGGCUCAAGAAGAACUCCAACUCCUGCGCGCUCGUCCGCGGCUCCGACACCACCCAGACGCCUGUGAUAUCCACCAUCUACCGCUGGGGUCCGGGCCGACGUCCCAGGAUGAGGAUCCUGCCCCCGGGAACCGCCGCCACGGUGGAAGAGGCCAUCAACUCGGAUCAUCUCGUCUGCGAGGUGGUCGAGGUGAAAAGCCGCAACAUGAUGUCGCGCACGCAGGAGCUGAAGACGUCGUUCGGCACCUUCGAGUGGCGCUACGGUGGACGCGGCGAGCGGAAGGAAGCGUCUGAGGCGUCCUCGCUGCUGGUUCUGGAACGCACCGACGACGCCGCCGCCGCGGCCUCGGCCUCCGGCAAGACAGGCAAGCACGGCGUCCCGAUCGCUCAGCUGGUGCGUAGCGCGGAACUCCGUACCGCCGGCACUAGUCGCUGGAUGGGCGGCAACGGCGGCCGGCUGAUUAUGGAUCUCGGGAUGUGGACCGAUGACAAGAAAACCGCCGUCAAGGACGCCGAGGCUUUUAUCGUCGCCAGCUGCUUGCUCAUGCUUAAGCGCGAGGCCGAUCGUUUCAAAGACAAUACGAUUGCUGCUGUGGUUUAA